AUCUUUUCAAUUUGUGCGUACUGCAUUUCAGUAGGUCAGUGAUUCCUUAAUCCUGGAUACGGCCCUGUUCAUAAUGCACACAAACAUCGCACCCAUCAUCCCUCUAGAAAAAAAAAGAGGCUUUAAUCAUGGCUGAACAUCAUUCCUGUGCACUAAUGCUCUGGAUUCCAAUAUUUCCGACUGCACCUGAAAGCGCCACAGAGCAUCCUCCUCCAGUACAUCACCGUGACGUCCUGUGCGGAAAAGAUCCAUGCCCCUACAGUUAAAAGCAGAGCUGUAUAGCCUUAAUAUUUUCUUUAUGUAAAAAAGGGCGUUUUUUUUUUUUUAUAAAGCAGGAGAAGAAGACGCAGGCAUGCAGCGGAGCGCAGUGGUCGUGGUGGCGGACAAAACGAGCCUGAAAAGGCCGUUUAUUUUUGCAAAUGCUGUGCAUAUGGCGCUGUGCUUCUUCAUGUUGACGAUGACAGUAGCUUGGCACAGAGACCUCAUCCAAACAGGCAAACUGGUUUCCAGUGUUUCUGUAGUGAUAAUGUACGUCAUGGAGAUCGGCUGCCUGCUGCUCUCAGUGCUCGGUGUGUUUGGAGCCUGUAAAGGAAAGAGAUGGUGCUUGAUUCUGUAUGCAACUGGUAUGGCGGCAGCCAGUCAAACAAUAAUUGUCAGAACAGCACUAAGCUACCAAGAUGUUUAUGAGAAACGUGUGGUCCGCGAGGAGUCCAAGUUGCUGUCCAUGAUGCCGCUUACUGCAACCAGCAAAGCCAACAGGACACUUCUGUAUAGUAUUCAACGAGAAUUUGAGUGCUGUGGUCUUAUUGAAGGCUACAAAGACUGGGGCUCCUCCAUCCCUGCUUCCUGUAACUGUCAAUAUCCAGGAAAAUGCAUUCGACUACGGGGCAGCGCCACACUAGGAGCUCCAAAGAACCAGUAUGUUUACCAAGAGCCUUGCCUACGAAUUUAUGUUUCUGAACUGAAGCUUGCAUUCUCGUUGGCAAUGGGUAUACAGUUUGGAAGUGGAGUGUUUUGGGUGGUUUUACUUGUCAUGAGCAUCAAGCUGAUGGGCCAGAUAAAAAGGAAACAGGAGUUCAUAGCUCUUCUCCAAUCAAACAGAUAUGUUCCUGGUGCCUUCUAGUCACCGA